UCUAAGUUAUUUAGAUUUUAUUUGAAAACCUUCUUCAAACUCAUGAAAAAAAAACCAAUUAUAGUAUGUUGCUGGCCUAAAAGUAGUCAAAUUUAACUCUGCUGGGUGUAAAAAUAACUGGAAGUAGCCUUAAAACCCAGUGUUAGCUUUUCAUUAUAGAACAUAAACUCCAAAUUUACAGAAAGAAAUACAGAUGACAUGACCUCAGUGUCCUGGCUUCUUUUGCAGCUCCGCUUCAUGAUUUAGACGUAUGAGACAGGUGCAUUUUUACGCUAACGUUUACUGUGCUUUGUGCAGAUUUUACAGUUUUUUCUUCGCUCAUUAAAACUAGCUCUGUUAUUGUUGAAUGUAUUAGAAAACUGCACUUUUUGAGUCCUGUCUUUCAACUGCACAACCUAUAUUUCUACAGUUGGUUGCUGAGACAGCGUUUGCUCAAACGGCUACAGUGGACCCAUCUGUCACCUCUGAGGAUCCAGCAAAGGCUCAGAAUGUCUCCAUCCAGGUCACCAUGCAGAAAAACACAAAUACUUCACUGAAGGCACCUGGUGGAUUAGAGCAUCUCACCUCAAGUCUGUCCAGACUCAUCAUAAUCCCUCUGAGCAUGUCUGUGGACUCUGUCGAUGACAUGUAUUACGGUUGCUCCCAGAAGAUGCUCAUCAAGGUGAAACGUCACUACCUGCCAAGGAGGACCAGGGAGGGUCUGCACUCCACGCACACAAAACAGUGCGCCCUUAAAGCCAUGAGGAAUAUGGAUGUCUAUGACCCGCUGUCCUGGAAUCACUUUAGGGCCCUUUGUUCCUACACAGCGGGGGCCUAUGACGACUUCAAUCGAGCAGUCCGCAAGGGGAAGACUUCCUAUAAGACCUCGUUUGAAUUCCACGCCCUCCACUUCCUGCUGUCUGACGCCAUCCGGCUGCUGAAACUCAACCAAAGGAACUGUUACACAGCCUACCGGAGAAGCAAGUUGCUCUUCAUCGGGGAACCUGGACAAACCAUCCGCUUCGGCUCAUUCGCCUCCAGCUCCCUCAACAAAGACCUGCGGCAGUUCGGAUCGAAGACCUGCUUUGAGAUAAAGACGUGUUUCGGCGCCUACCUCAAGUUCUAUUCAGAGUUUGACUCAGACGAGGAUGAAGUACUGAUUCCUCCACAUGAGAUGUUCACUAUUGUCUCUGUUGACAUGUCAGGGGACAAUGAAUUACACUGUGAUGUUUUCUACAAGCUGGAGACUGCUGGAGUUUACAGCCGUCUCAACUGCCAGGAUGUGGACCUUUAAAAGGUGCUAGAUGUACAAUUUUAAAACUAUUUAUCAUUCAGAGUCAU